AUGAUUCUCUCGUCUAGAAGCAACCCGGUCACGACGGGAAUUGGAACCGAUAUCCUAGGUGGUCUCCGCACAAAGGGCCAGUACACGCCGCUCGAUCAGAAGACGUCGGAUAGCAUUUGGGGGAUUGUACAUCUAUAUCGCGAUGCGCAUGAAACACCGUUUCUGGGCGCAGACGAAUACCCGGCUGAGCUGAAGGGGUCUUCUGCCGCGGCUGCGAGGCGGUCGUAUGCCGAUAAUACUGAAUAUGGCGUGAGCAGUGGUAGUGUCGAGCGGACCAGCGGCUUAGGUUCAGACUCAAGUUCGACUUUACAACCGGAUGAAGAGUGCACGACAUUGUGUGUGCUCGCCGUACCGUCUUAUAUGUCUGCUUCUGACUUGCUGGGAUUUGUGGGCGAGGCGACUAUGGACGAUGUCAGUCAUUUCCGCAUGAUACGAACAGCGCGGGCGAAUCGAUAUAUGGUUUUGAUGAAGUUCAGGAAUGGGAAGAAGGCUGGGGAAUGGCAGAGAGAGUGGAAUGGUAAGGUUUUUAACAGUAUGGAGCCUGAGACAUGCCAUGUUGUGUUUGUCAAGACUGUUGAGAUUCAAAGUGUCGAUCCGGAUGUCCAGGGCUCGAUAUCGCCAAAACAGCAAGUGGCGUUACCCACGACAUCCGCCCAGCGGCCCAGUGUCUCAUCCACAUCCCAGCCCAGCAGUAUAGGCUCAGCAACGCUCUCAACAAAGCCUCUGGCUCCUCCAACGCCGUCGCUGAUCGAGCUACCCACAUGCCCCGUUUGCCUUGAACGGAUGGAUGAAACCACCGGCUUGCUCACCAUCAUAUGCCAGCAUGUCUUCCACUGCACCUGUCUCCAAAAGUGGAAGGGCAGCGGCUGCCCCGUAUGUCGCUACACACAAGACGACUUCCGCAAGACAAGCCAAAGCCUCCCGUUCGACGACGAAAACGUUGAAUGCAGCGUUUGCCACUCCGACGUCAACCUUUGGGUCUGCCUCAUCUGCGGUAAUGUCGGCUGUGGCCGGUACGACAGCGCCCAUGCCUUUGCUCAUUACAGCCAGACCUCGCACGCCUUUGCCAUGGACCUUUCCACCCAGCGCGUGUGGGACUACGUUGGAGAUGCCUACGUGCACCGCAUCAUCCAGAGCAAAACAGAUGGCAAGCUUGUCGAGCUCCCUGCAGCAGACAACAGCGCCCUCGACCCACCCGAUUGGACCGACGCUGUGCCACGCGAGAAAUUAGAAAACAUGAGCGUCGAAUACACACACCUUUUAACCAGCCAACUCGAAAGCCAACGCGCCUACUUCGAAGGCAUCCUUGAGCGCGCCGUCGACAAAGCCUCCCAGGCCAGCGCGGCCGCCUCUUCCGCGCAAGAAGCUGCCGACACAGCAACAGCCACCCUUCGUAGCCUCGAAACGCAACAUGUUAAACUCGCUUCUGAAACAAUACCCGUCCUUGAGCGCGACAAGUCCCGGGCCGAAAAACGGGCGGAGAAAUUCGAGGCCAUGGCGAGGAAGAUGGAGCGCGAAUGGCGUGAGGAAAAGGCGAUGAAUGAGAGUCUUAUGGCGCGCAUCGAGCACCUCACUAGCGAGGUCGAGUUACUCAAGGCGAGUAACAUUGACCUGGCGGAACAGAACCGGGACUUGACUUUCUUCAUUAGUGGGUCGGAAAAGUUGAAGGAUCAGGGAGAUGAAGUCGUCCAGGGGACUGUUAGUGUACCUGAUCCGCCCUGUGGUUCGAAGAAGAAGGGGAAGGGGAAAAGGAAGUGA